GAUGCGAUAUGGCAGCUGUCAGGACAUCAGAAUCCCAGCGGUGUGUAACCGACUUUUAGCUAAUUAAUGCUGCUCUUUCGUCCCUGCAUGGAAGGUGCGUGCGGGUCGUCAGACCAGUUGCCUGGCGGCCACGACCACCCCAACAACAUGUUGCAUACGAAAUUGGGUCAGGCUUUACGCGUGGCCUACUACCACGCGCUCGUCUUUGGCCUGCUGGGAACUACGCUGCAGCUGCGUGGCCAGAACCGGCUCAUCCGCGUGGAGAAGGUGUCGUGGUUGUAUCUCGGCUACAGUCUCCUCAUCAGUGGCUGUCUGCUGCUGGACAUCUACUUUAUGUUGCCGCGGGCCAUCCUGGAUGGCUACAUUACCCACAACAUUGUCCUGCAGUGGAACUUCUUUGCGGCGCUGGGCCUGCGAUUGGCGGCCAUUGUCUGCAGUUAUGGACUCGUCUGGCUGCAGCGUCGACGACUUGUCAAGCUCUAUGCGGAUUCGCUUCAUCUCUGGAGGAGCCACAGGCGCAUACUCAAGCGGAUGGUGGAGCAGCACGCGCUGGAGGAGCUGCAACUCUCACUGAAGAAUCUUUUCUGGCGCAAGACUUUCGUGCUCUAUGUAACGCUGCUCUGUUCGCUUGUCCUUCAGUAUCAACUGCUCAGCGUAAUCAAUCGUCAGAGCCUGACGGCCUUCACUGCGAGGCUCUCCCAAUUCCUGCACGUUCUGGCCGCCAAAAUGUGUUUCUAUGCGCUGUUCCUGCUACUCGAGCAUCAGUUCCGGGCGGUGCACCUAGCCCUCGGCGCUCUCCAGCGUCGCAAAGGUGGAAAGCAGAAGGUACAGGAUCUUCGUCGCAUAGCAGCCAUGCACUGGGACACAUUUCAGCUGGCCCGGCGCUUCUUCGACCUGUACGAUGUGGCCAAUGCCAUGCUGUUUGCCAAUAUGUUUGUGAGCACCAUGAGCAUCCUGUAUCAUGCGGUGCAGUACAACAACCAAACCAUUCAAUCCAACGCCUGGGGCUCGCUCUUUGGCAGUGGCCUAAUUGUGUUCAACUUUUGGGGCACUCUGAUGCUCAUGGGUUUGCUGGAUCGCGUGGUCAGCUCGUGCAACGAUCUAGGCCAGACUUUGCGACAAUUUAGCGAUCUCCGAAAGAUCAGCAAAGAGCUGCAAAUUGAGGUGAGUGGCAGAGUUGACCUAUUCCUCCGAAAUGUAUGCAUUUGUUUCUGCUUUCAGUUGGAGCUUUUCGCUCGUCAGCUGCAACGUAAUCGUUUGGUUUAUAAAAUCUGCGGCAUUGUGGAGCUCAACAACUCGGCGUGCCUCAGCUACAUUGGGUCCAUUCUCAGCCAUGUGAUUAUUCUCAUGCAGUUUGACUUGAGGCGACGGCAGGAGACUUAG